UUUGUUUCUAUGGUGUAGUUAUUAAUGGCUCAGAUAUAAAUAGUCCCAAUAGACAUGGUCCAGUUAUUCAUGGCCCUAGUAGCCAUGGUCUAGUUAUCCAAAAACCAUGGUCUUACUAUAAUGGUAGAGUUGUCUAUGGUUGCACAGUAUCCAUGGUACUGUUGUCCACAGUCCUAGUAACCAUGGUCCAGUUGUCUUAUGGUCCUUAUGAUGUAGUUAUAUAUGCUCCUAGUUACCAUGGUAAUGAUUAUAUACUGUCUCAGUUAAGUAUCCAAGAUCCAGUUAUCCAUGGUCUUAAUAGCCAUGAUCCAGUUUUCUAUGGCUAUUACAGUAUCCAUGAUCCAGUUGUUUUUAGUCGUAGUAGUGCUAGCAGUUGCCAAUGGUCCUUAUAGCUAGUCAGUCCAGUUGUCUCAUGGUCCCAAUAGCCAGUCAGUCCAGUUGUCUCAUGGUCCUCAUAGCCAGUCGGUUCAGUUGUCUCAUGGUCAUCAUAGCCAGUCAGUCCAGUUGUCUCAUGGUCAUCAUAGCCAGUCGGUUCAGUUGUCUCAUGGUCCUCAUAGCCAGUCGGUUCAGUUGUCAAUUGACUUUGCAGCCAUUGAAACAUAACAAGUCAGUCCAGUUGUCUUAUGGUCCUUAUAGCAAGUCAGUCCAGUUGUCGUAUGGUCCUUAUAGUCAUUUCAAGACAGAUCAAUCAUGUUUCAAGCAAGACACACAAAAAUGAACGUUUUGGAAUUUAGAAUGUUUACAUUACUAUCAGCUAUGUUACACAUUAGGAGCCAAUAAAAUGUCCAUUCAUUCAGAUCUAAAAAAGUCUACUAGACAGUAUGUAUUGAAGAUAUUUUUUGAGUUUAAAACAUCCUAACCUCAACUACAUUUUGAUCGGUUUGAAUUACAUUUAAUAAGAUAUGAUUCUGGCAAAUCUAGCUUGAGGUUAAAGAUUUAGGUUUCGUGAAUUGAAACAUCA